UGAAAUCUGCCACUGCAUUGGCUUUCCAUUGUCCUCCAACCAAUUUUCAAAUAUCCAUAUUCACCCUUGUUCUUCACUCAUAGUAUAUCUUCAAUUCUUCUGAGCACUCUUCACAUUUUAUUAUUCAAUCACCAUGGCUGCUUCAGUAAGUGCUGUGGUCUCCCUUCCUUCUUCAAAAUCCACCAUUGUUUCAACCAGAACAUCAUCAUUAAUCUCUCCAGAAAGACUCACCUUCACCAAGGUGCCACAUUACAAAAAUGUGUCAACAAGUGGUAGAUUGUUAUCAAUUAGAGCUCAGAUCACAACAGAGGCUGAGACUGAGGCACCUGCUAAAGUAGAGAAGAUUUCAAAGAAACAAGAGGAGGGUGUGGUUACAAACAAAUACAAACCAAAGGAACCAUAUGUUGGUAGGUGUCUUCUCAACACCAAGAUCACAGGUGAUGAUGCUCCUGGUGAAACUUGGCACAUGGUUUUCAGCACUGAGGGUGAGAUCCCGUAUAAGGAAGGACAAUCCAUCGGUGUAGUUCCAGACGGGAUUGACCCAAAAAACGGAAAGCCACACAAACUGAGAUUGUAUUCCAUUGCUAGCAGUGCUAUUGGUGACUUUGGAGACUCCAAAACUGUCUCUUUAUGUGUGAAAAGACUUGUCUACACAAAUGACCAAGGGGUAGAAGUUAAAGGAGUUUGCUCUAACUUCUUGUGUGACUUAAAGCCUGGAGCUGAGGUGCAGAUAACCGGUCCGGUAGGAAAAGAAAUGCUUAUGCCAAAGGAUCCUAAUGCUACAGUUAUCAUGCUUGGAACAGGAACUGGGAUUGCUCCUUUCCGCUCAUUUUUGUGGAAAAUGUUCUUCGAGAAGCACGAUGACUAUGAAUUCAAUGGGUUGGCAUGGCUCUUCUUGGGUGUUCCUACAAGCAGUUCCUUGUUAUACAAAGAGGAAUUUGAGAAAAUGAAGGAGUUGAAGCCGGAUAACUUUAGACUUGACUUUGCAGUGAGCAGAGAGCAAACUAAUGACAAGGGUGAAAAGAUGUACAUUCAAACCCGAAUGGCGCAGUAUGACAGAGAGCUAUGGGAAUUACUCAAGAAAGACAACACCUUUGUGUAUAUGUGUGGGCUUAAGGGCAUGGAGAAGGGUAUUGAUGACAUCAUGGCUACAUUGGCUGCUGAGGAUGGCAUUGAAUGGGCAACAUACAAGAAGCAAUUGAAGAAAGAAGGGCAAUGGAAUGUGGAAGUUUACUAAGUGGUUUUUUACUUGUACAAAUGCAGCCCUCUCUUUGUAGAUAGGUAACCUUUUUUUUGUAAUUUGACCUUUUUUUUAUUUUCUUCCCUUUAAUUUAUCAUAAACAAAGUCUAUUGUUAUGGGUAUCCCCAAAUUUUAGUUUUUUUUUUUCCACUUUGGAGGGGCAUUGAUUAUGAAAGUAUACUACAAUUAUGGAAAUAAGAUUUCCUUGAUAUAUGUUUCU